GCUUUCUAUUUGGCGAACUUCCUUGUUGUUUGCGUCCUGCUCUGUUCGGAUCCAGACGAGAUGUUGGACUUGGCGUUCGGUUCGGCCACGACCUGGACUCUGCUGGCUCUGCUCGCAGCGCUGUUAUUACUGUAUGGAGUUUGGCCCUACAGGGUGUUAAAAAGGCUGGGGAUUCCUGGACCGAGGCCUCUGCCUUUUGUUGGGAAUAUGCUGAACGUCAAAAAGGGACUGCUGCUCUUUGAUCGCCAGUGCCAGGCCAAGCACGGGGACGUCUGGGGGUAUUAUGAAGGACGAUCACCAACGAUAAUAGUGGCAGACCCUGAGAUCAUUAAAACUGUGUUGGUGAAGGAGUGUUACUCUGUGUUUACCAACCGCAGGCAAAAUAUUAAAUUCUCCGGGCCGAUGGAAGAUGCCAUUACGACUGUGAAGGACGAGAAGUGGAAGAGAAUUCGCAGCACUCUGUCUCCGUGCUUCACCAGUGGACGUCUGAAGCAGGCUUUUCCUAUUGUUGCUCGCUACGCAGAAAGACUUCUGGAAAAACUGGGCAAGGAGAAUUUGAAUGAGCCGAUUGAUGUCAAACAAUUCGUGGCGCCGUACAGCUUAGACACAGUGACCAGCUCCUCCUUCAGUGUGGAGAUGGACUCCAUUAACAACCCAGAGGAUCCUCUGAAUGUUCAUGUCAAGAAGCUUGUUAAGUUCAAAAUCUUGCCUAUAGUUUUGCUUGGUCUUAUUCCCUUUGGUCGAUACCUGGCUAAACUCCUAAAUGUUGAGAUGAUGCCCAGAACUAGUGUGGAUUAUUUCUACGACCUCAUCAAGAAGAUUAAAGACCAGCAUUCGGGAGACGAAUCUACUCGAGCAGACUUCCUUCAGGUGAUGCUUCAGAAUGAGAUACCGGAAAGUGACAUAAAGAGCGAACAAGAGCAGCCAAGCAAAGGUUCGUCAUCACUGAUAUGUUGUGUACUUUCUGUUGUGAUAAACAUUUUGUUCUUGCUUUUCGCAGGUUUGACUGAACACGAGAUCCUCUCCCAGGCUUUACUUUUCAUUUUAGCUGGAUUUGAUACCACCAGUGGCACUCUCACUUACAUCUUCUACAAUUUGGCCCGAAACCCUGAUGCACUGCAGACGCUGCACAAGGAGAUUGACGACAACUUUCCCAAAGAUGCUCCUGUCACGUACGAGAAGCUGGUUGACCUGGAGUACCUGGACCAGGUGAUCAGUGAGUCGAUGCGUUUGACACCCACUGUACAUCGGCUUGAGAGGACGUGCAAAAAAACAGUGGAGAUCCACGGCUUCACCAUCCCUCAGGGAAUGCUGGUUGGGAUUCCGUUGUACUUAUUACACAAGGAUCCACGCUUUUGGAGCUCACCUGAGCUUUUCAGACCGGAGAGGUUCAGUAAGGACAGCGGGGAGGAGGUGAACCCGUACGCCUACAUGCCGUUCGGACUCGGCCCUCGGAACUGCAUCGGGUUGCGUUACGCCCUCGUGGUCAUGAAGAUGGCGGUUGUUCGUCUCCUGCAGUUCUACACCGUGGAAACGUGCAGCGACACCUUGGAGUCUCUGAAGUUUGACUGGAAGUUCCAGCCGAAGAAGCCUAUAAAACUCAAGUUUGUCCCCAGACAGCAGUAAAUAUCAUACCAUAAUUGAUAUAGCCAUUAUCUAUAAUUAGGUACCUUAAUUAACAAUUGUCACAAAUAUAUUUUAUACAGAAGGAUUUGGUUUUAUAUAAACACGCACAAAAUGCAUCUGAGAAACUAUUUAUGAGACAUAUGACAGAAUGAACAAUAAACUAAUAAAUUGAACAUCUGCAUCUCA